CCGGGCGGGGGCCGGGCCGGGCCGGGCGCGGGGCUAUAAAGGCCCCUCCGCCACCGGCGUGUGCGGGCGCAGCGCCGGGCUCGCGGCGCGGGGAUGGACUACGCCUACGACGACGACCUGGACGAGCUGUGCCCCGUGUGCGGCGACAAGGUGUCGGGCUACCACUAUGGGCUGCUCACCUGCGAGAGCUGCAAGGGCUUCUUCAAGCGCACGGUGCAGAACAACAAGCACUACACGUGCACCGAGAGCCAGAGCUGCAAGAUCGACAAGACCCAGCGCAAGCGCUGCCCCUACUGCCGCUUCCAGAAGUGCCUCAGCGUGGGCAUGCGGCUGGAAGCUGUGCGUGCCGACCGGAUGCGAGGAGGAAGAAACAAGUUCGGGCCCAUGUACAAGCGAGACCGUGCCUUAAAGCAGCAGAAGAAGGCUCUGAUCCGCGCCAACGGCUUCAAGCUGGAGACUGUGCCUCAGAUCGUGUCCCCCGUGCAAAGUGACUACAACCUGUCCUCCACCAUCCACAGCCUCCACGCCGCGGCCAAGACCUUGCCCCCCAACCCGGCCGCCCUCACGCCCGUCGACUACGACCGCAGCCCCUACGGGACCCCGGCCCUGGGCGUGACUGUGCCGAGCCACGGGGCGCUGUCCGGCUACCACUACCCCUCCUUCCCCAACCGCACCAUCAAGUCCGAGUACCCGGACCCCUACACAAAUUCCCACGAGUCUGUGGCCGGCUACGUGUACCCUGAUGCCUACCCCAACAGCUCCCCGCCCGACAUCCCCGAGGUCAUCCUCAAGCUGCUGCAGCUGGAGCCCGACGAGCCCCAGGUGAAGGCUCGGAUACUAGCCUGCUUGCAGCAGGAGCAGGGCAAGGGCCGGCACGAGAAGCUCAGCACCUUCGGCCUCAUGUGCAAGAUGGCAGACCAGACCCUCUUCUCCAUCGUGGAGUGGGCGCGGAGCUGCAUCUUCUUCAAGGAGCUGGAGGUGGGCGACCAGAUGAAGCUGCUGCAGAACUGCUGGAGCGAGCUGCUGGUGUUCGACCACAUCUACAGGCAGGUGCAGCACGGCAAGGAGCACAGCCUGCUGCUCGUCACCGGCCAGGAGGUGGACAUGUCGACCGUGGCGGUGCAAGCGGGCUCCAUCCUGAACAACCUGGUCCUGCGCGCCCAGGAGCUCGUCCUGCAUAUGCACUCCCUCCAGGUCGACCGGCAGGAGUUCGUCUGCCUCAAGUUCCUGAUACUCUUCAGUCUCGAUGUGAAAUACCUGGAGAACCACAGCCUGGCCAAGGACGCGCAGGAGAAGGCCAACGCGGCGCUGCUGGAGUACACGGUGUGCCACUACCCGCACGCCACGGACAAGUUCCGGCAGCUCCUGCUGCGGCUGGCCGAGAUCCGGGCCCUGAGCAUGCAGGCCGAGGAGUACCUGUACCACAAGCACCUGAGCGGGGAGGUGCCCUGCAACAACCUCCUCAUCGAAAUGCUCCACGCCAAGCGGACUUGAGCGCAGCCUCCAGGCGACAGACUGCAGCGGUGGCGCCCGCUGCGGGCACCGAGGGCUGGCCGGCCCCGUGCCCCAGCUUUGCUAUUGAAACUGGACUCUUGGGAAGUUUCAGAGGAUUUAUUUUAAUAUACAGGAACUCUGGUUUCACAGCUCUGCCACCGCCCUGUCCUGUCCUGUGCGGGCUGACCCGCCAAAGACCAGCCUCUCACCCGGCAGCAAGCUCCCCUCCCAGCCACUGGCUUCGCCCGCAGCGGGGAAGGGCUGGGGGCGCCCUUAGCUAUGGCUUGUCUCUUAUUUAUGUUCCUUUCGAGCUGCCUUUUCUUAGGAGGGACCUGCCCCCAGCCCCUCUGCCUGCUAAUGUGGAGCGUCUUGGGGAUGCCUCCUCCCGUGGCAAGGGAAAGAGGGGAAGGGCUCCAUGGCCAGCUUGCCUCCUCGGAGACGGCACCCGGCUCUGCUCGGUGGGGUGGAGCAUUUGGGGAGCAAAAAGUCAGGGCUGGGGGUCGGCAGCAGGAGGGCGAUGGAGGCAAAGGGUGCUAUGCGGGGAGCUGGCCACCCAGCACGAGCAUCCUGCUCCUGCCCUGUGUUUGGGAGGGAGCAGACAGCCAGGCUCGCCUCCGCCGGGGGGGUCUGCACUGCAGCUGCCCCCCUCCGCCGGGGCGACCCUGCCCUGCCACCACGGUGCCACGGCAGUGUGGCUGUGCAAGCCUGCCAGCCCACGGGUGCAGCUGGGGGGUGGGCAGGUCUUGCCCCAAAGUAAAGGGGAAAAGGCUGGGGGUGAGGAGGGGUGAGCGAGCAACGGGACGACAGAUGGGGCAGUGCCAGCAGUCAGCCAACAGCCAGCGUUAGAUAACACACGGGCUCUGCCUCCGGGCAUGCUUGGCCUGGUGUGCCAGAGUGGGGGUGCUCUCCUCCCCAAGGAGCUGAUCCUGCUUGGGUAGCGCGCCGUGAUGCCAGGGUGGCACCUCGGAGCCGCUACCACCCCCAGCGCCGAUCCCCGUGGGUCUGUGUGGGCCCCAGGGAGCGAAGCCUUUGGGGAGGGGAUGCUCCAGCAGCACGGGUCUCCCCUUAACCCAUGCCUUGAAUUUCCGUGCAGGGUGCCCGGCUCCUGGGAGGGAGAAGCACUAGGAACCAGACCGGGAGCAGGAGGUACCCUGCAGAGGCCAUCUGUCCUCGCCACGUGUCCCGACAGGCUGGCAGCCUGCUGGCACUGCCCCGGGGACGGAGCGGCGAUUACCCUCGGCGGCACUGUCCUACCUGACCCGCUGCGGGACCGGGUUGAGCAGCCCCCGGUCCAGCCUCUCCCCGUGCGCCGAGCUCUGCAGAGCACACGGAAACUCCCCGAGGCACAAGCGAAGAAGGCGCUCGCUCUCCCCGUGAUGUCCGCGCGGGCGCCGGAACUGGGGGUCCAGACCUCCCUGGCAGACAUGCCCCGGGGCUGCUGGAGGGCUGGCUGGCCAGUGCAUCCCUGCUCCCCCUGGCCAAGAUGGAGCAGUUGGCAGCUGUUAGCACCUCUGGACCGAGCGUGCACCCCUUUGGGGCCAGGCCGCAGGAAGCCCGGAUGCUUUUGGCCCCUGGUGCACGAGCCGCCUCUGUGCUCACCAGCACAGCCCUCCCACGCGGCGAGCGAGGCCGGCCGCGGACAUCAGACAGCAGAACCCCUCUGACCCGAGCACGGCUCCCUCCCUCCCACCCGUGGCAGCCGCCCAAAGUGCUGCCUUCGGCCCGUCUCCCUUCCAGCACAGGUCCGUCUUCACGGCCGCCGCCACAUGCUAGCGCGCCCGCAGCCCUUUCUCAAUGCCUUCAUGUUAGUGGUGAGUGAUGGUCCCUUGUAACCGUUGGUUCCAGUAUAUCUCCCAUCCCAGGCGCUCGCUUCUGGUCUAGGGAGGGCCGGCGGCGCGGUGCGCUCAGGAGCUGGCGCGGCCAGCACGCGCCUCCCUGCAGACCCGGCGGCUAGAAGCAGCUCCUGUCCCGGCCGCUUGUUAGAUGCAGAAGAGCAUGUUUGUUUCUGCCUUUCAGCCUGUUAGUGCGUGUCCCGCUCCCGGUCCGUGGUUCGGUUUCACUUCGUACUUUGUGCAGUUCAAGAGCUGGGAUCUGGUUCGGGCGUGAAAAGCUGUUUUAUUUUUCAGACAAUGAGAAGUGUCCUUAAGUGUCUCUCUCCCUCCUGCGCUCCGGCCGCUGACCCUCUCUGCCCCUGGCAGGAGCUGGCUGUUCCCUUCCUUGUCAGGAUCAAACCACUGUAAUAAAUUUUGCAGUUCACUUCA